AUGAAGUACUCAAUACAAAGCAAAUACAUACUAUACAAAGAUCAACUAAUAAGUGGAUAUGUGUGCAUUGAGGAUGAAUUCAUCAAACAUAUAUUACAUGAGCCAAAUGAAUUAUUAAUUCAAUAUCCUAUAAAGUAUGUCUACGAAAAUCAAGUGCUAAUGGCUGCAGCUAUAGAUACUAAUGUAUCUUUAACUAUGUGGAAUCAUAUUGAAGAAUUUACUAAGUAAGAUGUUUACACUAAAAGAUUGGCAAUUGUAGGAGGUACAUCAUUGAUUGUGAAUAAACCUUACUAACUGAAUUUAGAUAUGGAUUCAAAUGAAACAUAUUAGAUGUAAAUCGAAUAACUGCAAUCCAAAUCAUAAACUGAUUUUAUUUAAAUGGCCAAAAUUAAACAAAAAGAGGAUGUACACACUCAAGUCCUAUAUUUCCAUAGAUCGAUUAACUAGUGAAGCAAGGUGCAUUUUGUUUUGAUUGUCAUCUUUUGCCAUCCUAUGCAGGAACAUAUUUUAAAGAUCUAUAGUAAUUACAAUAAGUUUUGUUACUAUUGCCAUCUUAAACAUGUCUAUUUAUACACACUUAAACUACUGUAGACAAAGAUCUAGGUAUUACAUCACCAUUCAGAAGUAAACCAUUUGCUGAAAGAUUAAAUAUAACUUAAUUAGAUUUAGUUGACGCUGAUGGAGUAUCAGGAUCAUGUAUUAGUGAUGAUGAAAAUAUACAAAAUGAUGAUCCAAAAUAUUUGUAAUAAAUGGAUUACCUUGAUGAGAGUAAUUCUCCAAUAAAAGAAAUAGGUAUGUUUCUAAAGUAAUGACUAGUUAAAAAAUAUAAGAAUUCCGAUGAAAAGAGAAUUUCAGAAUUUGAUGAUUAAUAUGAUACUCCCUAGUCUCCAAAACUGUAAUCUAAUAUAUAUAAAAUAAAAUCUAAAUAGAUUACUGAGCAAUCAUAAAUAUCUUUAAUAAGUAGAGCUGAACUUAUAACCUAUAAAGAGGCUNCUUAAUCAAUUUCUUUACUUUAUUUUCUCUAUCUUCUUCUUAUUACUCAUUUUGAUCUAUGUCGACUAUUGGGUCUUUUGAAUUGA